UCCGGUAUAAUACCACGUGUGUUUGUUUACCAACAAACUAAAUGAGAGACACCGGACAAGGUAGUCAUGGUCAUCCUACAGAAUUUCAUCAGAUCAUGGAAUCUACUUUCAAACUCACCAGUGAUAAACAUAAGAAAGAUGAGCACAGAACAAUUACUACCAAUACUGACAUUAUAUACCAAAGAAAAUUGUUCCCUUUGUGAUGAAGCAUUAGAGGUUCUUAGACCAUACAAGCAUAAGUUUCAGCUAGAAGAGGUGGACAUAAAGAAAAAGGAAAACAAAGAUUGGUUCAAUAAAUACAGAUAUGACAUUCCUGUGUUUCAUUUUAAUGGGAAAUUUUUAAUGAAACAUAAAGUAGACUUACAAGUGUUUGAGACAGCACUUAAAGAAUAUAAAGAUACUAAUACUUGAGAUUAUAUUGUUUAAAGUACAUAAACUGUUGACCCCCCACUUGUUUAGAAUGUGUUUUGUUUUUUUCAAAUAUAAGAUGAAAAUGAUGGAGGACACUUGACUAACUAUAAGACUUUAAAAGGAUUUUUGAUGUUUUUAACUUCAAUAUUUAAGAACUUAAAAAUUUAUGGUAAGGGGACUGGUCUGUUCUUAAAUACUGUAUGUUUACCACUAAAUGUCUUUUUUGGGGGAAAAUUUGCAUGAAAUGCAAUAAAAUCCAUUUUGAUUAUGGCUUGAUAUUUAUAUCUUCCAGGGUUUAUCACUACCUUUGAGUUGUAAAAAAGUUGCGGCAGUGAUUUGAACAUUCUUAAGAUCAUAUUAAUCCAAUGUCAUGCAAUUUAUUCAUGAUAUGUUAUAUGUACUCGUGUUACAAACUGAUGUCUAUUUGAAAACUAUUUUAUUAAAAAUUACAUAAGUUAUG